AGUUGCUUUUCCAAAAUGUUCCCAGUUACUGGAUUAUUAGUCUCCGUGUUUGGAGUGAUGAUGGUAGCAGCGCAAAUGCCACCACCAUUGCCACCACCACCACAGUAUCAGCAAGUACCACCUCCUUAUAACAUGUAUGGACCAUUAAACCCUUUUGCAAGUAGUAGCACUAGCAGUAUGGUGUAUCCACCCAUGCAACAGAUGCCGCCACCACCACCGGCUAUGUCAGCAGCUCCUUAUCCACCAUCAACUUCUGUUUCGUAUUCAUCGUCAGGGUAUCCAAUGAUGGCUGCGGCUGCACCUUAUCCAUCUUAUGGGAUGCCACCCCCCAUGAUGUACCCUCCACCUUAUCAGACAUUCUCAGGAUCGGGACCUAUGGGAGAUCCUUUCACAACAAGCUCAGGUGGUGGAAUAUUCAACUCUAGAUCUCUGAGCCAGCUUCUUGGUCUGCGUAAGAGGCGGUGAGUUCACUAGCACCAAUAUCACCUGCCACAGUAUAACCCCACAUCAUACUACCAAGGGCUGGGCCCAGUAAUUAUCAUCCAUCACUCUCUACAUAACGCUUCCUUUUAUUUCAUAUUCGGAUACAUUAUUUUAAUCAGAUAUUUUAUUCGAUACAAUUGCUGUAUUUAUUGUCAAUAGAAUUCUUCUUUUGUAGUCUAGUCUGAAGAUGUAAAUGCAUUUUAUGAAAUAAACAAGAUUUUGUCUUCCGUUUUGAUGAUU